UUUGAGAAAUGUCGCUCGAGUGAAACGAAAACAUUUGGCAGUAAUUAGAACAAAAAUACGACUAUGAUUAUUUUAAGGAGCGCUGUUACGCAAAAGCUGAGGGGGGGGGGAUGUUUUGGUGUUUUCCUGAAGUUCUCGUUAAGUCCCCAAAGUUUCCAGUAUACAUGAAUGCAUGCUGGAAGCGGCCUCCUCCUUUUCCGUGAAAACUCGUGCAGGUUUCUAAAUGAACUUCACUCUCUUUGGCAUUUUUUGUUCUACAACACCUCACGGAUGUUUGGCUCCUUUCUGAAUGUAUUUUUAUGUCAAUAUCAAAGCCGCAGUUUAGGUGACGCGAGAGAGGGGGUGGACUGCCCACUGCAAAAAGUGUAAAAAUCAGGCGUGUGCUCUGCUCUGCUUGCUUCAGUCAGCGUGAGACCACUGGACGAUUUCCUUAUUUUUCAGCCCCAAGUCUAAAUUAUUAAGGGCAAAAUGUUUUUAAAGGUUCCCUGUGUUCUAGUCUUCUUCACUUUGUACAUGCGAGAGGGAUUAUCAGAGGAUUAUGACGCAAAAGUCAGCACGAAUAUUAAUUUACAGAGAGCAAAACGUCAAAGCAAACCAACAAAACCAGUGCUGAAGGUGACAGACUACCUUGUUAAGUGUUCAGUGGUGUCCCGCUAUGCUGUUACUACAGUUCAGAGUUCAGUGUGGAACCAGCUCCCAAUAACUAAGGAGGCUGCCUUUGAGGUGGACCUGCCCUCCUCUGCUUUCAUCUCUAACUUCACCAUCACUUCCAGCGGCAAGGUGUAUGUGGCCCAGGUGAAGGAAAGGGCUGCUGCCAGGAAAAUCUACGACGCAGCUAAGAAGCAAGGAAAAACAGCAGGACUUGUCGCUACCAAAGAGAGGGAAAUUGAGAAGUUUCGUGUUGCAGUGAGUGUGCCAUCAGGGGCUAGGAUGUCCUUCUUCCUGACGUACGAGGAGCUGUUACAGCGUCGACUCGGCCGCUAUGAGCUCACUCUGGGUCUGAGGCCCAGUCAGCUUGUGCAGAACCUCACAUUAGAUGUCUGUAUAAGAGAGAGGACAGGCAUCAGUUUUCUCAAGGUCCUUCCUCUUAGGACGAGCCGAGCGGUCACCAACACCCCAGCUCAAGCUAAUACCGAUGCCCCGGCCUCUACUCAUGUCGAGCAGAGUCCUGAGUGUGCUCGAGUCCGCUACACUCCAACUCUAGAUCAGCAGAAGAGCAUUUCUUCCAAUGGUCUUAAUGCUGAUUUCAUCAUCCAAUAUGAUGUGGAUCUAAAAGACCUCAUAGGUGAUGUUCAGGUAUUUGAUGGCUACUUUGUGCAUUACUUUGCACCUAGGGGACUUCCUGUGGUUCCUAAGGAUGUUAUAUUUGUGAUUGAUGUCAGCAGCUCAAUGAUAGGCAAUAAGAUAAAGCAGACAAAGCAAGCUAUGAGCACCAUCCUUGGGGACCUUAGAGAGGGAGACCACUUCAACAUCAUCACCUUCUCGGACAAGGUUCACACUUGGAAAAAAGGCAAAACGGUGCGGGCAACUCGGCAGAAUGUAUGGGAAGCCAAAGAGUUUGUGAAGAGGAUUAUAGCAGAAGGAUGGACCAAUAUCAAUGCAGCUCUGCUCUCAGCUGCCCAGCUUGUCAAUCCUCCAUCCUCUGGCCCUUCCAGACGCACCUCAUCUCAUCGUGUUCCUCUGGUAAUUUUCCUCACUGAUGGGGAAGCAACCAUUGGAGUCACAUCUAGUGAGACUAUCCUCAGUAAUGCCAAGAAGGCUUUGGGCUCGGCCUCUCUGUUUGGCCUUGCCUUUGGAGACGAUGCAGACUUCCUGCUUCUCAAACGCCUGGCUCUGGAAAACCGAGGUGUAGCCAGGAUGGUGUAUGAAGACGCAGAUGCAGCCUUGCAGCUCAAGGGCUUCUAUGAUGAAGUAGCUAGCCCUUUGUUAUCAGACAUACAGCUGUCUUAUCUGGAUGAUCAAGCAUUUGAUGUCACCCGCUCCCUUUUUCCAAACUACUUCCAAGGAUCUGAGUUGGUUGUGACUGGGAGAGUUAAGACGGGGGUCAAAGAUUUAAAGGUGCUAGUCUCAGCUAUAGAUUCAAAGCAGCAAAUGAAGCUGGAGAACGACGUGUUCAUUUCCCAAGAAAAUGGGACUACAGAUUCACUAGAAUGUUCGGGAGAUUUAGAAGGGAUAUCCAGCUUUGUUCAUCGCCUCUGGGCAUAUUUCACUAUCAAAGAGCUUCUACUGGCUAAACUGAAUUCUACUAAUCCUGCAACUCAAAAGUUGCUAACAGAUAAAGCAACCAACCUCUCCCUCAAAUAUAACUUUGUUACACCAGUCACUUCUUUAGUUGUAGUUAAGCCAGAUGAAGAUGAAGCAACUCAAAGUCCAACCACUCCAGAACCCACCACAGCUGCCACUAUAACCACAACAGCAACAACUACAGCUACAACCAAAACGUCAGGUGCUGGUGUAGCAAAAAAGGCCGGCUCACCACCUAACCCUAAGCAUAAGAAGUUAAAUCCAGGCCUGCCUAAGUCACCUCCAAAUACCCUAAACCCCCCCAAAACAUCAGUGGUUACAUCAUCCAAAAAAGCAGCUACAACCUCAAGUCCGAGCUCUAUGAAAACAGCCCCUGCACCAUUCUCUGCUAAAAAGCUCACUCCUUCCCAUAAUGACCUGAAAACAUCUCCUCCUUCUCCUCCAGCUGGAAAGAUACCCACUUCUCUGCUUAAAAUUCUAAAAACAGCACCACCUCCUGCACCUGGAAAGGUCUCCACCCCCCUGCCCAAUGCCAAGAAAACAAAUACUCCCACAACCACCCCUAUGCUGACAUUCACCACCAGUAUCUCACUGCCACUCAGUUCAGUCAGAACUAACCCUGCCCCCCUACCCAGUACAGCACGGACAGCUCUCCCUCCUGCCAAAGUGACUCUAAGAGCAGAGAACAGCACCUUGUAUGCUCACCUGCCCGAAAGCACUCCUUCCCUCACUCAGUUGUCAUCGACACUAACCUCUCCCACUCCAGCCCCAGCUCCAGCAGUGGCAAACAACAACACAAACUCAAAUGUUGACACAGACCUGAGGAUUGCCACCCUAGUGUCAGCUACCUUUGCUCCCAUGCCUGGUGUAACAGAUGGAGAACAACUGUGGGAGGCAGCUCAGCUUCUAGAUGUCUCUUCUUCCAUUCAAAUUCAAAGACGAGAUAUUGACCUGGUGAAAGAUUAUGAUGCAACCUAUGAAUAUGAUUACGAUGAAGAUCAAGAUAACUGGUAUAUUACUGACACAUUUGUGCUUGGGAGUGAGGAGGAUUGUCCUUUAGCUGAAUGUCUUAUGUUUUUAGAGCCUCAACCCAAAAUGGGAGCCAUCAGGGGAUUCUCCUCAUCAGUUGAUGGAGAUCCUCAUUUUGUGGUCCAACUAGCAAAGCUUCACCAGAACCUGUGUUUCACAGUAGAUGGCAGGGCUAAUGAUGUCCUCAGACUGCUGGAAGACCCAGAGAGAAAUAUCAUUGUAGAUGGCCACCUAAUGGGGGCUCCCUCCAAAGAUGGUGCUGAAGACCGUUUGCGAAACUACUUUGACCAGCUCACAAUCUCCGUGGUCACGGGCAACUCUGGUGACAUCAUGAUUACACUCACGCUGGACGCUGUAGUCGUGGAAGGUGAAGGGCGGGAUACGCUUCCCAUCAAUCAGCAGGGAUCAGUGACGAGGCAAGGCGUGACUGUCACUGUGGACAACCACCAGAGCUGCUGGAUCGAGCUGGCAGAGGGCGUGCAGUUCCUGGUCCUGUUCCAUCAUUAUAAACAUCCAAGCUACCUGCAGUCGGCUCACCUGGGUUUUUACAUCACAGAUGGGCGAGGGCUUUCUGACUCCACCCAAGGCCUUCUGGGCCAAUUUCAGCACGCUGACAUUAAUAUAACAGUGGUGAAAGACCACGUGGAUGAAGGUCUUCAUCGAGUUAGGAAGGAAGAAAUUCUGGCCAGAGGGAUCCUGAGGUGGGGAUCAGAGCAAAUGCCAGUUACCCUGCAAGACAAGACGCUGAAGGACUCAGUGCAAAAACGCCACCGAGGCAGCUGCUGGGUGGUGCCCAAGACAGAGAUAGAGAGACUACUGGGUCAUUCGUAUGAGAGCUACGUGGUGAAUCAUGUGUAAUUCUAGCCGUGUCAUUUCCACCAUGUUGUCUGUUUGCUGCACAGCUCAAGUCACAGCAGGCAAUGUGGAUAGGUUAUCACAAAAGGAUGAACCAAAGCUGGGAUCCAACUGGGUUAGUUGCCUGAAUGGCAUUCUGGAAGGGUGGGACAGACUACAGACUGCGAAGAAAAGUUUCCUAUAAAGAAGUAAAUACAGCAAAGGAUUGAAUGGUGCCCCUGUUCCAUCUCCACCAUUGAAUUUGAACCUGAUUCAAGCUUCAUGCUUCGUAUCUAUGACAGAGACGCAAUGUACUCCUGGUCGCAUGGCAACUACAAAAUAUUCAAUGGUUGCUGCAGCAGUUUGCGCAUGCUCCAAAAUGUCUUGCAAAACAACCCUGUUUACAAGUUGUUUAUCAGAUUAUUCUUAUAUUUUAUGAUUGAGUUUUUGAUAGUCAAAAGCUCUCUUUCAGAAUUACUUGUAAUCAUAGUGUAAUUCAAUAAGUUGUAUUUUUAGUACAAGUGUAUAUAAAACAUUAAUGUAUGUAUGUAUGUAUAGAUAAACUUCCCAUGUCAGCAUUGCAUCUUCAAUAAGCAACACAAAUCAGUCUUUU